CAAUUCCUCAGCCAAUAGCCAUUCGCCAGUAAGACGAGGAUGUUUGCAAAUAGUGUACGUGCGUUCAGUACCGGACGGAUAGUAUUGCGGAGAGCUCCAGUGGCUCCUAUCAGUAGUCUUGUGCCGGGACACCCUCGAUACGCAGCCAAGCUCUUUAUAGAGGCUCAAAACCCGAAACAUGCUAAGAGUAUAAGAAGGAAAGAGAGGAAGUUACAAAGGCGUAUUAUUAGAGAUGUUAAUAAUCUUAAGAAAUAUGAUGAAACAAAUAAACCCUUUGAAGUGGAUCCUGUAUUGGGACAGGGAGGCUUCAUGGAAAGAAUCAAAAGAGAAGUAGCCAAUCAAGAUACUAGACUUGCUGGAGGGUUUGAUCGUGAAGAAUUUGAAGCAUUAGUAUAUGGUGCGGAAAAGGCUGCCUUAGAUAAAGCUAAGGGUAGUUCUGUAUUGCAUGAAGCCACCAAAUUAGCAGAAGAAAGAAAGAAAAGAGCCUUAAUGACUAUUCUUCAUCUUAGAAAUACUAGUGUAGCAGAUAAGAAAAAGUUGGCCGUUAAGUUAGCACGUGAAGAAUUCAGUAGAUCUGAAGGAGAUAGUGGAUCUCCAGAAGUCCAAGCUGCUGUUAUGACUGUAAAGAUUCAUUUUGGUAUGGAUCAUGUUCGUGCCAAUAAGAAGGAUCAUGAAUUCACUCAAUAUAUUCGUCAAUUAGUGCAACAAAGACAAAGAAUCUUGAAAUAUUUAAAGAGAGUUAGACCAGAAGAUUACUAUCUUACCAUUGCCAGAUUAGGAUUAACCGAUGAUGUUAUCACCAGAGAAUUCCCAAUGGGAAGACAAUACUUUGAAGAUUAUAAAGUAUGGGGAGAAAAGAAAUUAAUCAAACAUUCGGAUAAGGUUAAGAAAAAGAUGGAACAGGUUGCUGCCUUACGUAAAAAGGUUAGUGACUAUCAUGAAGUGGCUAAGGAGAAGUUUGUUUUAUAUAAGAAUUCCAGAUUAGAGAAGGAGAAAAAAAUUGAAUUGAAAAAGUUAGCUAAGGAAGAAGCCAGGCUUGCAAGAGCCAAACUUGCUGAGAGCUCCGAAAGUGGCAACACAAACACCAGUACAUAGUCCUGUAUAUAUGAGUACUGCACUGACUUGUUUAUUAUACAUAGUCUACAUAACAUAGUCUACAUAACAUAGUCUACAUAACAUAGUCUACA